AUGAGGAUGGAACGUAUGGCCCGGCAAAAUAAUGACAAACUCAAGAGAGUCAAGUUGGCCAUCGACGCUCUGAUACGAAACGGAACGAGAGACGAAGCAAAACCUCUCUACUACAUGAGCCGUAACAUUUUAUCGCAGUUCGACUUGCUUUCCGAGGACUACGCAGCUCCCUUGGAUCCAGAUGGUAUUCGAGUGUCUAGGAUAAUCGACUUCACCGACAUGAACUCAGUCCGCGCCAUGAAAUACCCGUCGCUCAGAGGAACAACGGAAUUGAAGGUUGACAGGGUCUUGUCAGGGGGUCUAGCCAUAGAUUGCGCAGAAGACCCUGACGAUGACAUCCAACUGGAUUUUGAAUCAUUCAAGUGCCCUCAAAGAACAGGAACUUACAAGAUCCCCACGGAUAGAAAGGAUGGGGCUCGGGAGUUGAAUAUUGAAUUCCUUGGCGAUGACUACAUCAUACUGGAUGUCCAUCCUGAUGCGGUCUUCCGCGACCAGAGCGGCAAAAAGCUACCCAAUUGGCCAAAAGCGCCGCUGGCUCAGUAUCGAUUUUACGGCAUCAACAGGGCGUUGAGCGGGGAUCCGUCUUGUCAUAGAUGA